UCAAAACACCAACUGUCGCCCUGCCGCGCGCUAAUCCUACAAUUUUGUAAACAUAAAAUUUUUGCAAAAUUAGAUGGCAAGAAAAUAAGAAAUAAAAUGAGCCACUUUGAGUUUUGUAUUCCUGUGCAAAAAGACGAGCUACUCGAAGCUCAUGCUGGUAAAUAUCACGUUGAAGAUGUCGUUCAGCCACGAUUGUUAUUGUCGAAGUUACAAGAUGCAGCCCGAGCUUACAAUUCUGAGGGUGUUGAAUACAUACUUGAACAUUUUGAGACAUAUUUUUCAAUUAUUGUUCAUGGAUCUAAACUUGAAUGGAAUAUGAUAAAUAAAGGAUUUGAUCACAUGGCGAGAACAGUUAAAAGCCUUUGUGUAUAUCUGGAGCCCAUACUUCAAGAACAGACUAUAGAACAGGAUCUGCGUGUUAAGAAUUUAAACAUAGUCAAGAUGAUUAUGUAUCUAUUUACAGAAAUAAUGAAAAUUAAAGAUGUGAAGCUAGCUGCUGAUAGAUUAAAAAAGUUAACAUUAGGUAAGAAAGGAAAGAAAGCAACAACAGAUGAGGAUGAGUUGUGCGGCUGGACCGAGGCAGAUAAGCAAGCUGCUUUAAUAUCAUUACAUCUUCUACUCCAACAACCACUUUCCCACCUCUGGGAUCCACCAUUGGCUGAGCAUAAUUUUGUGGCAAUGGUAGCCGAGCCUUGCUACAAAGCAUUAGAAGAACAGAUAGUAAAAAAUAAAACUGUUAGAGAAAUAGUGUUUCAAAUAUUAGGUGUACUCAUAAAGAAGUAUAACCAUGGAACAUCUUGUCUUAUUAAAUUAGUUCAGAUUUUACAAAUUGCAGAGCACUCUGUUUCACCAAUAUGCGCUGGAGUAGUGCAAUUAACAAAAGAUUUCGGUCUUGGAACUUUUGGACCACAAAUGGUUCGUGAAAUAGCAGAAGCGCUGGCGUCCACUGAAGAGGACAACGGAGGCAUCGGCACAGAGCAGGGGGCCGCCAAGAACUGUGGGGCGUUCCUACUGGAGCUCACCAAGGAGCUGCCCAAGGAAAUGGCCAAUGCUAUUGCCACUAUACAACCUUAUUUAGAAAGUGAUGAGUCAUAUACAAUCCGAAUCAGUGUACUCGGCAUGAUGUGCGAAAUAUUGAGCGUGGAGCUCCGUGGCGAGGGUCUGAGCGACGAGCAACGCAUCCGACGCGACGACUUCCUCGACGAUCUGUACGAGCACAUGCACGAUCUCUCCGCGUACGUGCGACACAAGGUUCUCCAGUUCUGGUGUCGGUUGAUGCGUGAGUUGUGCAUCCCGGUGACGCGGCAGCGUGGCGUGCUCGAGCGUGCUAUAGGCCGGCUGAGGGACAAGGCCGCGCUCGUUAGGAAAGCUGCUAUACAACUGCUCAAAGUGUUUUUAGAAUGUAACCCAUUCUCUGCCCAAUUAAAACUCGACAUAUUAGAGAAACAGUUGGAGGAUGAACAAAAAAUAUUAGACAAUCUUCAAAAAAAACUUAACCCUAGCCCUGAUCCGGAAUUUGUCAAAAAAUGGGAGAAAAUCGAAAAGGAUGUCGUUAAAACUAUCAAAGAGAAAAUGGAUAUCUUAACCCAAGAUGAACCAGAACUGUCCCAAGCUACUUUGGAGAAUUUGUAUAAAACAAUUCGCGCGAGUAUAAGAGAAAAAAAUUACUUUAAAGCCUACCUCAUUGUAAAGCACACGGAAAGACAGUAUCCUGAAGCGAAGUUGUUAAGAUGCGAUAUGGAAAAAAGUGAUCAGCUGGAGUACUUUGUAGCACUUCUUCGUAACAUAUUCGUGAUACCGGAAAGACGGCAAUCCCUAACAGAGCAAUGCGAGAAUGAACUCGCACUAUCCAAGAGAUUAGAAGAAAAAGAAAGCAUUGUGGCGUUCCUUCAAGAGUCUGUUCACUUCAGCCGAAUGAUCUCUGAAGCGAUCCCUCUAAUUAAUUCGUUGUUGAUGUCCAAACAAGCGGGUGACGUGAACGAGGCGAUAGAUUUCUUUACUACAGCACACCAGUUUAAUAUCGAGUCAGCUAAAGUGGGUGUGGCUAACAUGUUGCAACUCGUGUGGUCGCCUGAUCAGGAUAAACGCGAGGCAGUUGAACGCGCGUAUCGCGAAAUGUAUCUCGAGUGCGACAGUAAAGCUGAGCGCGCACGGGCCUUCACCAUAGCCAGUAAACUCGUGUCGCUCGUGAGCCACGUGGACCGUGGCAGCGCGCUCGCGUUGGAGCACCUCAUCGACAAGUGGCUGGCUAAGGGUGACAUCACGCCAGGCAUCAUUCAGGUCUUCUGGGAAAUGUUUCUUAAAAAGAUCGACGGUACAACAGACAUGGAUAGUUACGCGGCGCUAUCACUACUCGUUAUGAUCUCCAAAGCCAAGCCAUCUGUAGCACUCGCCAAUAUGGAAGUCAUACAAACGCACGGUUUGACUGGCGACUAUAACUCUAGGAGCUUGAGUGCUCAAUUACUUACAUGUUUAGCCAAAAAAGGCCAGAGAUAUCCAGCGGACCACGCAAUAUUCACUUCUCUGUACGAAAGUCUUAUGGAAACAUUUUCUAAAUUCGACAAGUUCGCCUCCUUUGCCGCUAAUUCUAUAGACUUCAUUUACGCGGUUUGCGACACCCCUGAUGUUGUAUGCACGAAAAUUUUAGCAGAAAUGUAUAAGCACUUAGAAGAAAACAUGGAGAAACAAGACGAAGAAGAAGCUAGCAUACCAAGUGAAUUGUUGAUUAGAUUCAUAUUUGUACUGGGACAUGUUGCGUUGCAACAACUUAUUUACUUGGAUAUCAGUGUAUACAGCGAACUCAGGAGGAGAAAUCAGGUGCGCGAAGAACGCAAGGCGAAGGAAAAACGCAAGAACAAAGUGGGUACGUUCGCAACACCGCUCCGCCGCGGUCGCGUGGACGACUUGCGGCGACAGACGCUCAUGAACGUGAGCAAUGCGAGCGCCUCGUCGCGCGGGCAACGAUCCGCAAGCGUGGUGUCCAACAAAAUGUCAUCGACAAACACAACAAUGACGGAAGACGAGGCCGGUCUCGAAGGCGCCGUCGCCGACGACGCGGACGCAGAAUACGUCCGCAGCGUGUGCGAGCGAGACAUCAUCGGUGCGGGAACUACAUUGGGUAGAUACCUGCCGCUGCUUACGUGGUUACUCUCGCAUCCCGCGCGCUGCACUUCAGCGCUGCAAGCGGCUGCUGCACUCACGCUGACACGGUACAUGUUGGUAUCGAGCUUAGUGUGCGAGGACAGCCUCGUGCUGAUGGUGACGGUGCUCAAGAAAUCCAAAAACGUGUCGCUGAGAACUAAUCUCACCAUCGCGUUUGCAGACCUAACGUUGCGAUUCCCGAAUCUCACUCAACCUUGGACACAUCAUAUUUACCAAAUCCUUAGCGACGAAGAGCUGGAGAUCCGUCAGUGUGCAGUUAAGAUGCUGUCUUUCCUUGUACUCCACGAGAUGGUCCGCGUAAAGGGGCAAAUCGCCGACAUGGCGCUCUGUUGUGCUGAUAAGGACCCCCGCGUGGCCGCCAUGACGAAGGUGUUCUUCAAACAACUGUCGCAAAAAGGCAACGCCCUCUACAACGUCAUGCCGGAUAUCAUAUCCAGGCUGAGCGACCCAGAGCUGAAUGUACCCGAGGACCAGUAUAGGGUCAUCAUGAAGUACAUAACAUCGCUAAUCCAAAAAGACAGACAAAUGGAAGCGCUAGUUGAGAAGCUGUGUCAACGUUUCAAGCUGUCGACAGAGGAGCGACAGUGGCGCGACCUGGCGUACUGCCUCACACUGUUCUCAUACAACGAGCGCUCCUUGCGCAAACUCAUCGAGAACCUCGACUGCUAUAAGGACAAACUACACAGUCCUGGUGUCAUGGAGUCGUUUACUACUAUCAUGAAUAACACGUCGAAAAUGGCCAAAAAUGAAAUAAAGAAUCUAGUCACAGAGCUAGGCGACAAAAUAGAAGAAUGCUUCUCAGUGAGAGAGAGAGAAGGGGAGGGUGACACGAGCGGCGUGGGGGAAAGAGAGACGAAUAGAGUCGAGCAGCGAGCGACGCCGCGUCGUAAGCCCGCGCCGCGUCGCAAUCGACGCCGGUCCAGCUCCAGUCCUGAUGAGAAUGAACCACCAGAGAACUUAGAGCCCGCAACGCCACAGUCAGUAAGAAAAUCGGCUAGAAAAGUGACACGGAAAAACAAAGCCACUUAUGAAUUUGAUUCAGAUGAAUCAGCAGAUGAAGAUUUUCAGAAAAAAGAUGACGAUGUUUUCAAAAAACCCACUACUACUAGGAAAGUUGUUCGUAGGCGAAUUUAAUUUAGAUGUUUUAUGUACCUACCUAAGUAUUAAGUAAAUAUAAAUUUUCGAUAAAUGAA